UCCAGUGCAGUCCUGAUCUCCAGCUCUCCAGCGGCUAAGAGCAGACACAGCGUCAGCCGGGACCAGGGAAGCGCCGGAGACUUCCUCAUUUAGUGGCUAGCGCUGUUCUACUAAUAAAGUUUUAUUGAAACAAAGUAGAAAAAAAGAGGCCCGUCAUUCUUCCCUCAGCGACCAAUCGGAGAGUAGAAUGCCUGCGUCCCGCACGGGAGCUUCAGCGGUCAGAAAGCGGGGGCGGGGCAUGUCCUGCCGAAACUUGCGUCGUUAGAGCGGAAGUACGGCCGGAAGCCCGCCAUAGAGUUUAGUGGCUAGAGCGACUCUGCGGGGAGGUGGCAGGAAAGGCUUGGAACAGCUGCCGGAGGUGACUGAGCGGCGGCCCCGCCCGGUGCGCUGGAGGUCGAAGCUUCCAGGUAGCAGCCCUCAGAGUCUGACCCAGGCUCUGGACAUCCUGAGCCCAGGUCCCCCCAGCUCAGUGCAGUCAUGAGUGCGGAAGUGAAGGUGACAGGGCAGAACCAGGAGCAGUUUCUGCUCCUAGCCAAGUCGGCCAAGGGGGCAGCGCUGGCCACACUCAUCCAUCAGGUGCUGGAGGCCCCUGGUGUCUACGUGUUUGGAGAACUGCUGGACAUGCCCAAUGUUAGAGAGCUGGCCGAGAGUGACUUUGCCUCCACCUUCCGGCUACUCACAGUGUUUGCUUAUGGGACAUAUGCUGACUACUUAGCUGAAGCCCGGAAUCUUCCCCCGCUAACAGAGGCACAGAAGAAUAAGCUUCGACACCUAUCAGUUGUCACCCUGGCUGCUAAAGUAAAGUGUAUCCCAUAUGCAGUGUUGCUGGAGGCUCUUGCCCUGCGUAAUGUGCGGCAGCUGGAAGAUCUUGUGAUUGAGGCUGUGUAUGCUGAUGUGCUUCGUGGCUCCCUGGACCAGCGCAACCAGCGGCUGGAGGUUGACUACAGCAUUGGGCGGGACAUCCAGCGCCAGGACCUCAGUGCCAUUGCCCGAACCCUGCAGGAGUGGUGUGUGGGCUGUGAGGUUGUGCUGUCAGGCAUUGAGGAGCAGGUGAGCCGUGCCAACCAGCACAAGGAGCAGCAGCUGGGCCUGAAGCAGCAGAUUGAGAGUGAGGUUGCCAACCUUAAAAAAACCAUUAAAGUUACGACGGCAGCAGCAGCCGCAGCCACAUCUCAGGACCCUGAGCAACACCUGACUGAGCUGAGGGAACCAGCUCCUGGUACCAACCAGCGCCAGCCCAGCAAGAAAGCCUCAAAGGGCAAGGGGCUCCGAGGGAGCGCCAAGAUUUGGUCCAAGUCGAAUUGAAGGGACUGUCGUUUCCUCCCUGGGGAUGUGGGGUCCCAGCUGCCUGCCUGCCUCUUAGGAGUCCUCAGAGAGCCUUCCUGUGCCCCUGGCCAGCUGAUAAUCCUAGGUUCAUGACCCUUCACCUCCCCAACCCCAAACAUAGAUCAUACCUUCUUCUAGGGAGGAGGCAAGUGCAGGUCAUAUUUUUGUUGGUACUUUUUGUUUUUGUGACUUUGUGUGUUCCGUUGCUCCCUGCUGCCAUGCUCUCUCCCCUAUUUCUCCGAUAUUUCCUUAAGAGCUCACUAUCUGUCCCUGUUCAUUACAUGUCACUGAGUAGGUGGGUAGCCCUGAUGGGGUUUGCUCUGUCUCAAGCAUAACCUGCAGGUGUUUUUUUCUACCACCCCAUCCCUGCAUGCCUGAUCCCGAAUUCCUGCACCUUACCCCCCACCCACGCAUUGAGCAGCCUCUGAAGAGCCAUGGGGCCCCCACCUUUACUCACACUCUGAGAAUUCUGGGGCCCAGUGUGGCAUUCCCGGAGUCACUGGACACGUUCAUCCUAAAAUCCUGUCACACUACAGUCAUUUCUUUUCCUCUCUCUGCCCUUUGGGUCCUGGGAAUGCUGCUGCUUCAACCCCAGAGCCUAAGAAUGGCAGCUGUUUCUUAACAUGUUGAGAGAUGGUUCCUUCUUGGCCCUGGCCAUCUCGGGAAGCUUGACGGCAGUCCUGGAAGGGUUUAAUCUCCUUUUGUGAGUUUGGUGGGGAAGGGAAGGGUAUAUAGAUUGUAUUUAAAAAAAAAAAAAAAAAAAAAAAGGUAUAUAUGCAUAUAUCUAUAUAUAACAUGACACAGAAAUAAAUCUAUGAAAAGUCUAUCUACAAACUCCCC